CAUAAACAGCACAGAUUUGCGUCGCGACUGAGGAGCGACCGUUAACCAGACAGUAAUCGACCGUUUGCUGGUUAUUACCCCCGAGCCGCCGUGCACCCAGACCAGCAGCAGUAUGGCAGAUGACCUGGACAUCGAGGCGAUGCUGGAGGCUCCGUACAGGAAGACUUGCCUAACGAUUUCUCACCUCUACUCCCCUGAAUGCCAGUGUGAUCUGUCACAAACAUGAAGGAGGACAACAAGGCUCAGAGCCCCAACGGACAGGAGGAGCGCACCAAGAGGAAGAAGCGCAGUCGCAGCCGUGACAAGAAACGCAGCAGGAGUCGAGACAGGAAGAGGACCCGCAGUCGAGAGCGUAAACGCAGCCGCAGCAGAGACAAAAGGAGAAGUCGCAGCCGCGAGCGCCGCCGCAGCCACAGCCGAGAGAGGGGCGGGCGUUACAGAGACCACCACAAACACCGUCGGCGGACGAGGAGUAAGAGUCCCUUCAGAAAAGAGAAGAGUCCGAUCAGGCAGCCCAUAGAUAACCUGACUCCAGAGGAGCGAGAUGCUCGGACAGUGUUCUGUAUGCAGCUGGCAGCCAGGAUACGACCUCGAGACCUGGAGGAGUUUUUCUCUGCUGUGGGGAAGGUCCGUGACGUGAGGAUGAUCUCUGACAGGAACUCCCGCAGGUCGAAGGGCAUUGCCUACAUCGAGUUUGUGGAGGCAAACUCGGUUCCUCUGGCCAUUGGACUGACGGGGCAAAGGCUGCUGGGAGUUCCCAUCAUUGUACAGGCCUCACAGGCUGAGAAGAACCGAGCAGCAGCAGCAGCCAACAACCUGCAGAAGGGAACAUCAGGACCGAUGAGACUGUACGUCGGCUCUCUGCACUUCAACAUCACUGAGGAGAUGCUGAGAGGAAUCUUUGAGCCGUUUGGACGGAUUGAGAGCAUCCAGCUGAUGAUGGACAGUGAGACUGGACGAUCUAAAGGCUAUGGCUUCAUCACUUUUGCAGAUGCAGAGUGCGCCAAGAAAGCUCUGGAGCAGCUGAACGGCUUUGAGCUGGCUGGUCGUCCCAUGAAGGUUGGUCACGUGACGGAGCGGACCGACGCCUCCACAGCGUCAUCUUUCCUCGACAGCGACGAGCUCGAACGCACCGGCAUCGACUUGGGAACCACAGGGCGCCUGCAGCUCAUGGCCCGACUUGCUGAGGGUACAGGUCUACAGAUCCCUCCUGCUGCUCAGCAGGCUCUACAGAUGAGUGGAGCUAUCGCUAUAGGAGCCAUGGCUGCUGUGUCAGCUGCCAUGAAUCCAGCAAUGAACCCGGCCAUGAACCCGGCCAUGAACCCGGCCAUGAAUCCGGCCAUGAACCCGGCAAUGAACCCGGCCAUGAACCCGGCAAUGAACCCGGCUCUCAACAUGAACAUGAACUCGGCUGCUCUGAAUCUUCCCUCUCAGCCACUCGCCACACACUGCUUCCAGCUGUCUAACAUGUUCAACCCCAACAGUGAGGAGGCUCCUGGUUGGGAGAUGGAUAUCCAGCAUGAUGUCAUAGAGGAGUGUAACAAACAUGGUGGAGUCGUUCACAUAUACGUCGACAAGAACUCCACUGAGGGAAACGUCUAUGUCAAGUGUCCAUCGAUCCCAGCUGCCAUGGCUGCCGUCAACGGCCUACACGGAAGAUACUUUGCAGGUAAGAUGAUCACGGCGGCGUACGUCCCCCUGCCCACUUACCACAACCUGUUCCCAGAGUCAGUCACCGCCACACAGCUACUGGCCGCGCCCCCACGACGGUGACUCACCAACAACACUGCCCUUUGAUUGGACACUGGACAUUAGAGCCUGCCCCUCUUUUAUAUCAUCCUCUCCUAUUGGUUGACACAGAUGAGUCUGAGGAUGCUGUUUUUUGUUUGUUUGUUUUUCUGCCCUGCCCCUCCCUGAGUAUCAUCCAAUGAUUGAGCUCUGUGAGCUGUGAGGAGGCUGGCUGGUGAUGAUGAAGAUGGUAUCAGCUGAUUGGUUGGUUUGAAGCUGUUUGGUAUUUAACUGUUUUUCUAAUUGAGAUUUGAUUUUGUAAAAAUGUUGAUUAAAUUUUAUUUUCAAGUCA